AUGGUCGUUCACUCCCUCGUUCGUCGGGGCGUGGAGAUGGCCUCGGACCAUUUCUCUAAGAAUCCCGACCAGCAGCAGCCGGAUAUCCAAGUCUCGACAUGGCUGUUGGUUCUCUGUGCUUUUACUUCGCUGGCCUUUGUGCUGGCGAUGUGGUCGGUCGACUACACCUAUGGAUCCGUCGUUGCGACUCUCGCUGCCGUCGAAGAUACCAACCCUGACCUCUAUGUCCGUCUCGAUGCCGACUACGACCCCUCCAAGCCCGACAGCAUCGACCCCAUUGCAAAGGAUGUCGAUGGCGCCCCCAAGCCCAUCACCAGCAAGCUGCGUACCACCAUCUCCCACCUCCGCGCCCGUGCCGGCCGCUGGUCCCGAUUCCGCGGUUUCGCCAUGUACAUGACAUACGGUAUUGCGCGGGGAUCCUUGUUUAUGAUCCUGCCGGUCGGAUCGGACCAGUUCUGUGGACAGUUUGCUAUCCAGACGGUUCUGGCCGUGCUGUUGGCCAACCUGCAGAUGGCGUGGGUGCACAUUGUCGUCUCGAAGCCUUCGAGCAAGCGUUUCUACCAGCGGAUCCCCGGGUUCAAGAGCUGGGUGCAGAUCGCGCCCGUCGCUGCGUUUGAGAAUAUCGUGGUGGGCCUUGCGUUCUUCCUGCCGCUGUUGAUGGCUAAGGCGUUUGGUGGCUGGGAUUCGGCUAUGGAGGAGGUGUCAUCGACCGCGCCGCCUACCAAGGCCUUCUGCCAGAUGUGGGCGAUGACCAUGGUGCCGUCCAUCCUAUCGUACCUGGUCUCGAUCCCUGCGCAGGCCAUCUUCGUCCGUGUCGCGGCGUCGAUGCUCCCUGAGGAGGACGAGGCUAUUGUGCCAUUUGACCGCUCGUUUGGCGGUAAGGUGGUUCCUGCUAUCCUUGGUGGUAGUGGACGGUUGAGCAUCAUGGAUGCUUGGAGGACGUUUGACCGACCGGCGCGGGUUCGGUAUCUGAAGGUGAUUGGCAAGGUGCUUUUGAUGCAGGGUGCUUUGUUGAUCACGUUUACUUUGGCGCUGUUGGCGCAGUUUUCGUUGAUGGGGGUUGAGACGAUGCAGAAGGUGAUUGCUCACUCUCGGAGUGCGUAA